UGGCGCUCGGGAUCGGUAUGCAAGCAAACCCGUAAUUUUGCCGGGAAGAGCUGUGGCUGAGUUAUUCACUGGGGAAAAAAAGAAAGAAGGAAAGAUCAGAGAGCAUGGAUCCUUUUCAAGACCAAGGAUUCAUUGUUGCAUAUAGAACUCUUCCAGAGAAACCAAGCACAACUAUAAGAGUUUUUGACAGAGCAGAAUAUUACACUGUUCAUGGACAAGAUGCAUUGUUUGUUGCCAAGGAGGUCUUCAAGACAGUUGCUGUUAUAAAAUAUUUAGGUACAGGGGAAAAGAAAUUAGAGUCAAUAACCAUUAGCAAGCUUAACUUUGAAUCACUUGCAAAAGAGCUGUUGCUGAUACGACAAUACAGAGUGGAGAUCUACAAGAACAAAUCUGGGGCUAAGAGCAAUGAAUGGUUCAUAGCAUAUAAGGCAUCACCUGGGAAUCUAACUCAGUUUGAAGAGAUUUUGUUUGGAAAUACAGACAUAUCUCAGUCUGUUGGUGUACUAGCUCUGAAGACUGGAAUAGAAAAUGGCGAAAAGGUUAUUGGAAUUGGCUUUGCUGAUGUCAUGAUGCGAAAAUUACUGGUGGCAGAAUUUGUGGAUAAUGACCAAUUUUCAAACCUAGAGGCACUGAUUAUUCAAAUGGGAGCAAAAGAAUGUGUAGUUGGAGCAAGUGAGAUACAAAGUGGAAAACUGAAACAAGUGCUGGAGAGAAGCAAUGUUCUCAUAACUGAAAGGAAGAAAGGGGAUUUUUGUAGCAAGGAUGUGGUUCAAGACUUGAAUCGUUUACUGAAGUGCAGCAAAGGACAGCAUGGAAACAGUUCAACAUUCAGUGAAAUGGAAAAGAAACUGGCAAUGGAGGCAGUAUCAGCAGUGAUUAAUUAUCUUGAGCUUUUAUCAAAUGAGGAUUACUUUGGACAAUUCACCCUUGGAUCAUUUGACUUUCAACAGUUUUUGAAGCUAGAUUCUGCUGCAGUACGAGCAUUAAAUUUGUUUCCCAACACAUCUGAUGGAAACAAGAGCCAGUGUAUUUUUGGGAUAAUGAACCGAUGCAGAACUGUGCAAGGAGAAAGACUUUUGGCGCAGUGGAUAAAGCAACCUCUUGUGGAUGUCAAUCGCAUUAAGGAACGUCAAAAUAUUGUAAACUUUUUUGUGAACAACACUGAACCAAGACAAAUGGUUGCAGAGGACCACUUAAGGGGGAUACCAGACUUUCAAAGAUUAUCAAGAAAAUUUCAGCAGAGAAAGGCCUCACUUCAAGACUGUUACAAAGUUUACCAGGCUCUUGACAAGUUACCACAGUUAAUGGAAACAUUAGAACAACGCAGCAAAGAAAACUGUGCACUGGUGAUGGAGAUCUUUGUGAAUCCGGGGAAAGAAAUUUUGAUGGAUUUCAGCAAGUUCCAAGAAAUGGUGGAAGAAACGAUGGAUUUUCAUCAAGUAGAAAGUCAUGAGUUUGUUAUCAAGCCAGGAUUUGAUGAAGAAUUACAAGCGCUUGCUGAAAGGAUCAGUGGCUUAGAAGACAAGAUAAAAGCUCAAUUAAGCAAGGUUUCUAGAGACUUAGGAGUUGAAGCAAACAAAGUGCUGAAAUUAGAGAACAGUACACAAUUAGGAUACUAUUUCAGAGUAACAAGAAAGGAGGAAAAGGCACUAAGAAAUAAUAAAAACUACACAACUCUAGACACAAAAAACAACGGAGUGCGCUUUCACAAUAGUGCCUUAAAACAGCUCAAUGAAGAUUACCUGAAAGCCAAGAUGGACUAUCAUGAACAGCAGAAAAAUAUAGUUGCUGAGAUAAUUUCCAUAGCAGCUGGAUAUUGUGAGGCCAUGAUCAUGUUGAAUGAGUUGAUAGCUCAACUAGAUGUGUUAGUCAGUUUUGCUGUUCUGGCAGUAAGUGCUCCCAUACCAUUUGUUUGUCCAAGUUUGCUGAGCAUGGGCAGUGGGAAAAUUCGACUGACGGAUGCACGUCAUCCAUGUUUGGAAUUGCAGGAAGACAUUUCUUUCAUUCCAAAUGAUGUCAGGUUUGAUAAAGGUGGGAUUUUUCUUUGUGAUCAUGUUAUUUUUCAUUCAUCUGUAGCCAUAGCCAAAUAGUAGUCCUUUCUGAUUAGAAUUUGUCUGCCAUGAUUAUCAAUAACUUUUUUCUCCCCCACCGCAACGCGGAAGGGGACAUAGAAAUGCCGAUGUCCGUCCGUCCCACUUCACUUUGUGGACGCAACUCCUCAGAAACCGCUCAACAGAUUUUGUUCAUAUUUUGUAGGAUUGUUAGUCACCAUGUGUAGUUGAUCAUAUUGCGCUGCCAUUUUGAUUUGACAAUUUUUACAGGAUUUAUGGGACUUUGUUGAAUUUGUACGUGCUACACUUAUAGGAACAUUUUGUGAACGCAACUCCUCCGAAACCGCUCAUUGGAUUUCAUUCAAAUUUUGUUGGAUUGUUAGUCACCAUAUGUAGUUGAUCAUAUUGCGCCAUCAUUUUGAUUCAAUAAAUUUUACAGGAGUUAUGGAACUUUGUUGCAUUUGUACUUGCUACACCAUAGAAACACUUUGUGAACGCAACUCCUCAGAAACUGCUCAACGGAUUUUGUUCAAAUUUUGUUGGAUUGUUAGUCACUAUAUGUAGUUAAUCAUAUUGCGCUGUCAUUUUGAUUUGAUAAAUUUUACAGGAGUUAUGGAACUUUGUUGAAUUUGUACAUGCUACACUAUGGAAACACUUUAUGGACGCAACUUCUCUGAAACCACUCAACGAAUUUUUUUCAAAUUUUGUAGGAUUGUUAGUCACCAUAUGUAGUUCAUCAUAUUAAGCCGUCAUUUUGAUUCGACAAAUUUUAGUACAGAAGUUAUGGGACUUUUGUGCUUCAACUUUUUUUGCAACGGUGGGGGACAUGGCUACGUGUAGCAAUCUUGUUCAUUUUCAACUUCACAUUUUGUUCAAAUUAACUUUUAUAUAUAUUUCAUGCAGAUUUUUUUUAAAAAUUUCUUUAAAAUGCUUUCAAUUAGAGUGUAAUUUCUGUCCAUGGGUUGUUUGUUAUUAGAACUGCUGACCCAUGGUUCUCCAGACUACUGAAAUAUAUUGGUCGUCAUGCACUCUGUAUUAUUUCUUCUUGUACUCACUAAUAUCGAUUUUAUGGGUUCUUUCAUCACAUAAACAGUCUCUUGCAAACAUUAAACAAACUAUCAAGCUUUGUUUUGAGUCAUGUGACUCGUUUGCUAAAAUGACAGUGAAAAUUCAGUUGCCUACAAUUGCGUGUUUCUGCUAUGUAAUUUGGGAGUGAAUAUCACUCUUUUAAUCGAUAUUAGCAAGUACAAGAAGCAUCAUUUUUAUUGGUUAGUUAUGAGUUUAACAUUGAAUUCUACUUGCAAGUAUUUAAAAUCGGCCCAAGAAUGAGGCACUCCAGUGGCGAAAUUUCCAGUUUAAAGCUGUAUGGUCCGAAUUACAAAAAAAAAUUUCCAUCUCGUAAAAACGCUAUUAAAUCAACGCACGUAUAUGGUUAUGAGGCUGUAUGACAUAUCAUACAUUAUUUCACCAGUUUUAACCAAAAUUAUUUGAUUUUAAAUCGAUGUUUACAAAUAACUGCGUCACUCUGCCAUUUCAAAUGACAGUCACGUGACCAGUUCAAACUUUCAGAUCAUCAGUGGUCUUAUCUGUGUAAAGCUGUGUAUUUUGUUACAACAGUACCAUGCCAUAAGUUUAAUAGAAAUUAAAAUAUCAAAUACCUCUUAGUAAUUCGUUGUUUUACGCUCUUUCAACCUUAAAACUAGACAAUUGCGUAUGAGCUAGUUAAUACAUCAUGUUGGGAUUCCCCUGACGUGCUUGGCUCAAUUUAUAGAUGUCUAACACUGUAUAAUUUAUGCGUUAUCUGGAACACAUCGAGCCUUUUACCGAAAACACCGUGUUUUGGGUGAAAGGCCCGUGGUUUUCCAGAUGAUUUAUAUAUGUACCACACUAUAUUUACUUUCUAAAUAAUAUUCUCACUGUUUUCUUUUACAUGCAGAUGUUUUCAAGCAUGUAAUUAAGGGAAAGUUAAUAACUUUAUAAAGUAAUUAAUCUGCUUUAAAGUAAUUAUGUACAAAAAUAAUACAUGAACAUUGGGUCAUACAGCUUUAAGUAAUGGUGCCAGUUCUGACGUUUUCCUGGCACAGUAAAUAUCAAAAUCAUCAUUUAAAGAAACAGGAAAACGUCAGUUAUUUCGGACUAACCGCGAGGAUGUGAUCUGUCCCGUGAUGAAAUCCCUCCGCAGGAUAACACGGGAAAGGGGGGGGGGUCUAAUACGGAUCUUCGUUUGCCGUACUGUAUACAUAGUACAGUGAAACUUCUCCAAACCGGCCCCUCAGAAAACCGGUUCUCCCUGAAUAUCGGCCGAUUUUCAAAGUCCCGGCAGAAACCUUAACAUUUCCUUACAAAGAAAGUCUCACAAAACCGGCCACCCCUGAAAACCGGACAUCGGCCACUUUUUAAAGUACAAUUGUUAACAAACAUGUGUAAAUUACCCUUAUAAUACUGGUCACUAUUUGAAGGCUAGAAAAUUUUGGCCAGAGGGGUGAUUAAGACUGGCCAGGUGUGAAAAAUGAUUGACCUACUGGCCAGGUGGGAAAUUAUCAACUGGAAGUGUGAAAAACACAAGUGGCCUCUAUAAGUUCUAUAGUUUACCUGUGCUGUCCAGGGUGUUAAUUGGUGCUUGGCUAAUCCAAGUGACCCUUUCAAAUUUCUGUAUGAAAUGUUAUAAACAGAUAUGCACAUAUUGAAUGAAUACAAUCAAUACGCCAUAUUGUUGCACCAUGGAUAUAAGCAGUAGUUAAUAAACAACAAACCCAUGACUGUUAAUGAUAAUUUUCAAGCAAGACUCUUUCUAGUAAUAAUUACCUGUAGGUACAAGCAGACUAGUUUGAUCUCCACUGAUAAUUGAUCAUAGAUCCCCAUAUCAAAGUGAGCAGUACCUACUCCAUGUAUUAAUAGCAGCAAUCAAAUGGCUAUGUGUUUGUUUUGUUUAUUAAAACAUAAGCUGAAAUUCUACAUAAAUGCUGCUAGUCUACAGAUUUCUAUACAUAUAUCAAAUGCAGUUUUAUUUAUUAAACGGACUGUUUUCCAUUAUUUAUACGUGUCAAUGUAAAAAUGUUUAUUCAUCUUUAAUUAGUUAUAGUGCUAUAAAUUGAAAAUAAACAUGUUAGUAAAUUAUUUUGUUUUAUUUCCAAUAGUGAAAUAAUAGUCCUUGAACACCAUAUUAUAUGGUUUGUGGUAUGUCAAUGCAAUAUCUAAUAAAAAUUGAGCUGAAAUGUCUCUAAAUGCUAAAUUCUCGGUAUACCGGCCACCCCUCUAAACCGGCCGUUGUUUUCGGUCCGACAGCUUGCCGGUUUAGAGAAGUUUCACUGUACAUGUAAUUUAACACUACACAGUAAUAUCAAUAUUCUUAUGCGAAAGACAUUUUUAGUUGAACUCGGCUAUUGGUUUGGUGAUUCGGGUUGGCGGGCGGUUGGACGUCAACAAUUGGUUUCCGGAUGAUAACUCGAAAAGUUUACAAUCUAAUCAAAUGAAACUUUGAUAUAUUGUUAGGUACCAGGUAAGGAAGACCCCUAUUGAUUUUGAAGAAAAAUGGUCAAAGGUCAAGGUCACAGUGACCGAAAAUAGAAUGAAAAUUUCAGAAAUAUUUGGUUUCCGGAUGCAUGAUAACUCAGAAAGUUUAAAUCCGAAUCAAAUGAUACUUAUAGAUAAUGUUAUGUACCAAAUAAGGAAGACCUCUAUUGAUUUUGGAGAAAAUAGGUCAAGGUCACAGUGACCGAAAAUAGAUUUAAAAUUUUUAAAAAAAUUUGGUUUCCAGAGGAUAACUCGAAAUUUUUUAAUUUGAAUCAAAUGAAACUUGGAUAUAUUAUUGGAUACCAGCAAAGCAAGGCCCCUAUUGAUUUUGGAGAACAAAGGUCAAGGUCACAGUGACCGAAAAUAGAUUGAAAACUUCAGACAAAUAUGGUUUCUGGACAGUAGCUCGAAAAGUUUAAAACUGAAAUUAGUUCUUCACAAUUAUAAAUAUGCCACAUCAUUCCUGACUUUACAAUGUAUCCCAUGCAACUCGGCUCAUGCACCCCUGGGUGCAUACAUUGAUUUUCAUAAAUAUAAGAAGAGAGAGAAAGAAAGAAAGAGAGAGCACAUGAAAUAAAGUAGGGCAUAUUACACAAUCUUAGGUUUUAAAAAAAUCUAUUAUACACAAAUAGUCAUAAUUUAUCAUAUUUAUAAACAAUCAACCAGAAGAGUACAGUUUAACAAAUUUUUAUUGGGUCUUUACAACCCAAACAUCACUACAUAUAAACAAUGCUGCCAUAUAAUGUUGUACAUAUACACAUACUACACUAAAAUAUUAUAACUAAUAAUUUGGCGUCCUGGGGGCUACUCAUUCCUUUCUUAACAAUCUAUUAUUAAUAACAAUAUCUGGCUUGAUCCUAUCAUCAAAACUGUCUGAAGUAAAAGAGUUAACAACCCUGCCUAGGGUCAAUAUACGCAGACUGCACUCCGGGCUGAUCCCAGGAGUGUAUGCCUGGGGCUGAUCCCAGCAGACAUCACAGAACAAGUGAACCAUGCCCGGGGCUGAUCCCAGCAGGCAUCAAAGAAAGUGAACCAUGCCCGGGGCUGAUCCCAGCAGGCAUCGGAGAACGAGCGGACCAUGCCCGGGGCUGAUCCCAGCAGGCAUCACAGAAAAGUGACCCAUGCCCGGGGCUGAUCCCAGCAGGCAUCAAAGAAAGUGACCCAUGCCCGGGGCUGAUCCCAGCAGGCAACGAAAGGGAACAAGUACUCUGAGCUGAACCCAGGAGAGAUAACGUAUUCCUGGUACUGAUUCCCAGUAGGCAUAAAACUGUUAGUCUAAGAAAACACUACUUACUAGUCAAAUUCUAUUAAACAUUUAACAAACUACCUAUGUACAAUAAGUUAUAUGUAAUGAUAAAACUGUGGUAUAUACCGUAAUAAUAAGCAAAACCAAACAUAGACUUGGGGGUAGAAUUCCCCUGGAAUGAACGCCAAAUGAACGAAGGAAUGAGUGAAGCCCCCAAGGAUAUAGGUAUGAGACAUUUUGUAUGGAUUGUUGACAAAACUAGUAAACCUUCUUUUGAGAUUUGAAAAUACAAAGUUGUUGUUGAGCUUUUUCAAGAACCUCAGAAUCCGUUCUGAUAUAUCUCACAUAACAGUCAGAUGUCCAUCUACCUAAGUCUUUGAUAAUGUGGUCUUCCACCCCAGCUGCAGCAGCAGCUGUGGCAGCUCCUAUUCUAAAGGAAUGACCUGCAUAUAUUGUGUCAUUCAGGCCAACUUGCAUGAGUAAAGAUCUCAGAUGCUGUAUAAAUGUUACCCUAAGCAUCGGUACAUGGUUAAAUUCAUCAGUAAUAAACAAUGGUGACUGAGGAUAGCAUGGCAAAGAAUUUCUAAAUUGCAGAUAUGAACGCAUGAUAUGGACAGGUUUGAAAACAUCAUUUUCAUAAAUAGUAAUAUUUACACCUCGUGAAAAUGGAUCUGUUUUUGAAGUUCUCAACUUUACCACAUAAAAAUCAUUUCCCAAACUGACAUCAGUAACUUGUAAAAAAUGUACAGAAUUGGCCUUUUGACAAGUAAUUUCUCCACAUCUAAGAAACCCAAAAUAUGCACAUGAAAACAUACAUUUCAACAUAAGGUCUACGAAGGGAGAAAAAGCUCCUUUGUCC